AUGCUACUGCUAAUUUUAAUUUUAUGCGCUGUCGGUGACGCUUGUAUGCGAAUGAGGCCUCCCACCACAACCACCGUCGCCCCGACCACCACCACAACUUCGACCGAAGCACCGACUACGACAAAAACGACGACAGAUACGACCACUACAACUACAACAACGACCACUACAACAACUACCACUACAACAACUACCACCACUACCACUACCACUACAACAACCCCAGUCUGUGCCUCUUGCGCUCAAAAUCUGGCAAUUAUCCCGGAAGAUGAUCUGCCUGGUGCUCCGCAGGGAACUGGCACCUUUACGUACAGCCCAAAUGCGGCCGGAUGUAUCACGGCCUCCCUGAGUUGCUCGGCUCCUGGAUUUGUUCUGGCCAGCGCCAGAGUAAAUGGCGAGUGGUUCGCGUUCGGCCAGGACUGCAUGACGACAGUUCUGGAGGGCAACAUUGUCUGUGAUAAUAUGGGAGUCUGGCAGUUCGAGCCGGCCGUACAACCCGGUACUUUCUACUCCCCCGUCGACUACGCGUGCACAGAAGCCAGUCCGACUUGC